GUGGUGGCGGCGGCGGCGGCGACCGGAGACCCGGAGCUCCGAACCCGCGGCCGAAAUGUGUGCAAAGCGCAGCGAUCUCCAGGUUUAGAGUGCUGCCCAGGCUGGAAGCAACGUGGUGGAGACUGCCCUAUAGCUCUCUGUGAAGGAAACUUCUCCUGUAAAGCGAAUGAAAUCUGUGUCCGACCCAACGAAUGUCGGUGUCGUCAUGGAUACUUUGGGGCUAACUGCAAGACCAAGUGUCCAGCACAGUUCUGGGGUCCAGACUGUAAGGAGAUGUGCAACUGUUACCCGAAUGGACGCUGCCAGGAUGUAACUGGGAAAUGCACAUGUAAUGCCAACCGCUGGGGCCCCCAGUGUCAGAACAUAUGUCGCUGUUCCCAUGGUCGGUGCCAGCAGGACAGCGGCAAAUGCAAGUGUGACCCGUACUGGUGGGGCAACCAGUGCUCAAACAUCUGCUCCUGCAGCUUCACCUCCCAAUGUGACCCGAGCACAGGCCAGUGUACGUGCCAGCCCGGCUGGUGGGGCCGCAGCUGUAACAACCAGUGCUCCUGCAACAACUCUCCCUGUGAACAAAUGACGGGCCGGUGCCAGUGCCAGGACAGGCAGUGGGGGCAGCACUGUGAGCACCAAUGCCAGUGUGUGCAUGGCAAGUGUAACAACAUCAAUGGAUCCUGUGCAUGUCAUCCAGGCUACAGAGGCAAGUACUGCCAAGAGGCCUGCCCUGCUGGAUUCUUUGGCCUCGGGUGUAGAAAGAGGUGUGGCCACUGUAAAGAGCUGCAGCCCUGCCAGAUCUUUGACGGUCGAUGUGUGGCGUGUGAGGCUGGAUGGAAUGGGACCCGGUGUGACAGGAUCUGCUCAGCGGGAUACUAUGGGGACGUGUGUGCCAAGUUGUGCCCAGUUUGCAAGGACGGGCUGACAUGUAGCCAUGAAGAUGGGAAGUGUUCGCACUGCAACCCAGGGUGGAUCGGAGAUCAGUAAGAUUCCUUCAUUUGCCCUCUCCCUUCCUACCAUUAAAGGCCA